UGAAGGCAGUUUGUUGAGCCCUUCGACACACGCUCUCCUCGAGUUCUGCCCACCCAUGGGUCGAUCUAUACACCACAUACGCUGCCCAGGAGAGUGAAAGCUGUCGAAUGCGAUGACGAUGGCACCUUCACCUCCGAGCGGCUCGGCGGCGUACAAAAAGAAGGAUGGCACACUGGUCAUGGCCCAGGACCGCCAGUCGGUAACAUGGAUUCCAGCCGCUGGCGGUGCCUCUGGCACUAUCACUAUUUCUGUGUCGCAUAUUACAAGUGCGUUUUAAAACCCUCUCCAGACCGGGAUGCUGUAUAUGACAGGUACUGACUGCGUUGAUUCGAUUUGAAUCUAGAUCUGCAACAGACGCCAGCUACCAGUCCGAAGGUUAUGCUUAGGAUAUUCGUUCAGCAACCUAAUUCACCUGCUGGUGCAACACCAGAACAAUAUGUAUUUUCUUUCACGGCUGGGGCGAAUGCACGCAAGGAAGCCGACGCUAUCAAAGACGAACUGAGUGCGGCCAUCCAGGCUGUUAAGGCAGCAGCAGCAGCAGCUCAAGACAUACCCGCUCGCACUCCAGCUAACGGAAAUGUCCCGGGGGACAACGUAUCGGCUGCGAUGAGGGUUGCAACCGCGGUUUCUUCGACUGGUCAGGCUCCUUGGGACGACGAUAACAGGCUCAAGAAGGAUGCGGAGCUGCAACAGUCACUGCUGAAGUCGGAUCCCAACCUGCAGCGUAUGUUUAUGGAGUCACUGCGCAGUAAACCGGACACAUUGACGGCGGCCCAGUUCAUGUCGCAUUUCUGGUCGACGCGGCUCCAUCUACUGCGGGCUCAUGCCAUCGAACGCACGCAGACGCGCGGCUCGUACAACGUGCUGUCAACGCUGAAACCCCGCGUGGAGGAUAACGUUACCAAGUUGAAUAUCAGCAAGGAGCAGAUCCAGCUCAUUUUCAACCAGCACCCGCUCGUCAAGCGGGUGUAUGAUGAGAACGUGCCUAAGCUAACCGAGCAGCAGUUCUGGUCUCGCUUCUUCCAAAGUCGGCUGUUCAAGAAACUGCGUGGGGAGCGCAUCUCCGAGGCCGACGCUACGGAUGCCGUUUUGGAUAAAUACCUCAAGGACGAUGAGCAGACGAACCGGGUGCGAGACGCGCAUGUUCCGCACUUCAUUGAUCUGGCCGGUAACGAGGUGAACCACAGUCAGCGCCUGGGGAACCGGCCAGACAUUGACAUGCGGCCGUCGUCAGUUCCGAUCAUCAGGACAUUGAACAAUCUGAGCGAGAGAAUAAUGGCGAAUGUGGGAUCGGCCGACCGCAGUACUUCUUCCGCGGCAGCACCCAUUGGUAUGGACGAGGAGACGUUUCAUGAACUUCAACUGCGCGAUUUGCGGGGUGAUCAGAUGCAGAGUCGGAUCACGCUUAACAUCCGAGAUCAGAGCCGAUUUUUCUCACAAGCGAGCGCCGAAGAUGAAGAGGGCCAGCUAUUCGCCAAACAGGAUCCCGAAAAAGUUAUUCACGACCUACGUACCGAUCUACUGCAGACCUUGCCUGACGAUGGGUCCGCUCAACUCGGCCAACUAGUCGAACCCGAAGAGGACACCGAUGACGAGGAAAACGGUAGAAGCCAGAACCAACAAGUUGGGUCCAAAGCCAGCCUGCAGCGCGCCUCGACUCAAAUCCUGACCGCCAUCCGCGACCGCCGCGCACAGGCUGAACGGUCAUCAACCAACAGCAACUCAUACGGUCUAUCGGCCGGCUUGUUCGACCGUCUAACACUUACUCACGCCACGACGACAGAAUUCCUACAUCAAUUCUGGCAGACUUUUCUGUCAGGCAAUCCCGACCGCGCCGGCGAACUAGCAUCACUAGUCGAAUCUCUCAACCGGGCCUGGGAGCGGAUCCAAUCCGUCACCAGCGACGCGGAAGCGGAGCGACAGGUCGAAGUAGAGCGGCUCAAGGGACACGCGCGGGAAGUCUACGAAGCGACGGGUCGGAAGAUCCGUGUUAAUUUCUCCUCCAUCGGAGGUGGGGAGAAGGUAGUCAGUCAGCUCCUAGGGCCGACGAGUAAGGCUAUUGAAGCGGCUUUGACGAGGUACAAGGAGGCGUUGGCUCGGGAGGUGAAGGAGGCACCUGUGGGAGUGGGUUAAGUUGAAUAUUGGGUGUUAUUCUUGUUCAUUCUACUCUAUGAACUAAACAAAGAUAUAUUAAGCAGAUGCUAAUGUGUAUACAUGAAUUACUUAUAAUUGCAUACCCGCUUGCUUGUUGCCUUCUGUAACGUUCGGGUGAUAUCAGCGUCGAUUCAGUAUUGACAAUAUAUUCCUCCAUUAUUAAAUACUCUUCAACUUGAUAAUGGAUCCUCUGGUUAAUUACCACUUACAUUACGACUAACAUGUUAUUGACACCACUCACAUUUGCCUAUUCAGGGAAUUGUUCAAAUGUCUCAUAUCAUAUCAUACGUCAUCUAUUAGUUAAACAUCACGUAGUUCCUGGUAC